AUGUCGGGUCGUGCCUAUAGAAAAGCACUAAAAGAUAAAGAGCUAGAAGCGGAACAAGGAAGUUCCAGUAAUUUGGAUUUUGAGGAAUUGGAUAUUGAACGAAACGAAACGGCCAGAAAUUUGUUUGAUUUGAACAUGAAUUCUCCGGCGAUCAGGUCUAAAAAGAAGAAAAAGAAAAAGAAGUCAAAAGGAGACCAGGCCGCCACGGUUAAAUCAGAGAAAGGCAAAGCGAGAAAGCAGGUUGAUGAGAUGAGUGUGGGAGAAUUGGAAAAAGCUAUUAGAGAGAUUACUAAAGAACUUGGUCCAUUAUCCAAUAAUUUGGUGAAAACGAACGAAUCCACAAAAGCCAAAUCAGAUUCCCUCCACAACGAUUCGAAUAUAUCUCUACUGACAAUAGAUGCUAAAAUGCUCGAUGCCGAUGCUGAGAUGAGGAGAAUGUUUGGAUCUGCUGUUGUAGAUAGAGAAAUCCGUGGUCGGAACUAUUCUCGUACGACUAAGAGAAUGUUCUUGGCUAGACCUCGAGAUGGUUGGCCUCCAAUCGACAGAGUAGGAUACGGAUUGAGUAUGGAAUUUGUGGAAGAGAAGGACGGGAUCCAAUAUUUUAAGAUAACUCAUUCGCAAAGGUAUCGCUCUGUACAAGAAGUGUUUCUUGAUUGCAUUGCUAGUCACGAUCCAAACACCAUUGCUGCUCUUGUGCGCGAUAAUCCAUAUCAUAUUGAUUCAUUGUUGCAGCUGAGCGAUAUUUGCAAGAUGUCUGGGGAUCAUAGCGUUGCCGGAGAGUUGGUUGAGCGCACAUUGUAUGCGUUCGAAAAGAGUUUUCAUCCUGAAUUCUACAUAUCAAAAGGAACAGUGAGACUGGAUUAUAGACACUUUGAGAAUCGGUCAUUUUUCCUAGCGUUAUUCAGACAUGCAAUGUUUUUGUCUCGCAGAGGAUGUUGGCAGACAGCGUUUGGUUUCACUAGAUUUCUUUUAGCUAUGGCACCUGAGGACGAUCCGUUGUCUGCAUUGGUAUUCAUUGAUUUCUUUGGGCUUAAAGCGCGGCAGUAUUCAUAUGUAUAUACUAUGGCUAAUGAAUGGAAGGCGAAAAAACUGUAUGAAUGUCCCAAUUUUGCAUAUUCGAGGGCACUGGCAAAAUUCCAUCUAGAAUUGCAAGAUGAUAAGGACUCGGUCAACGAGGAGAGUUCUGCCCUGUUGAAGCUUGCAAUUAUAUAUUUCCCAGGGAUAGUGCUAGGACUGGCUAAGAAAUGUGAUAUCACAUUGAAUAACGACAUUGUCAGUCAUUCAUAUUUUCAACCACUCGAGGAUAAGUCUUAUUUGAAUCUACUGUAUGAUUUAUACGUUGAACAGAAUUCUUCGUUAUGGGCACAAUCGGAAGUAGCUUCGUGGUUAACGACUACAUUAGAUAAUCUGAUGCCUGAGCUAUCCGAAUAUGUUAGUGGGCAGGAAGGAGGUUCUCCAACUGGACGUCCUGUGACGCUCAAUGAACACAUGACUAUUGGUGAAUGCAUUCGUGAAUCAUUUUAUAGUCAAGAGGUACCACAAAAUGUUUGUCGAUUUAUAAUUGUAUCAGAGAACAAUAAUCUUCGCGGAUAUCUGCCUUCUGAAAUAAGUGCCAUGGAGAUAAUGCUGUACGAUCCACUGCCGCCGGAUGAUGGUGACAAUCAAUACGACAGAUACGUGUUGCGAUCGAAUUCGGGAGUGCGUACUCAUAGGUGGCAACAUUUCUUAAUGGGUCAAGUGAGAAGGCUAUUAAACGGAGCACCGGGGAACGCGGAACUCAAUAGAUUGGCCGAGAGAUUAAAUAACCAUAUUAUUGAGCAUGAAGGAUUAUUUUUCGAUCCACCUAUGGAUGGAAUUAUAAAUCCCGAAGCUCGUUUUGGCGUACCUGGCGCUUUUCCUGACGUUCUCCCUGGCGCUUUCCCUGGCGAUUUAGAUAGCAGUUUCCCUGCCGAGAUCCCCGAAGCUCUCCUUGACACUUUUCCCAACGCUUUCCCUGAUGAUGUACAG